AUGUCGGACGAAAAGAAUAAUGAACCAGAGAGGUUGCCCGUUCCAUCGGAAGCACCUCACGGAAACCACCUUGGAAACCACCUUGGAAACCAUCAUGACGUCGAAUCGUCACUAGGCGCCACCAGCGAAGAUACCGACUUUGACGAUGACGACAAAUCGGAAGACCUCGACGGGCACCGCCCUACGCUGCGAGAAAUGCGUUCCAAUACAUCAUACUCGAGCUCUAGAAGAAGGCGCGCAGAGUCUGCUGCAACCACCACGGGAAGUCUAGCGAGAACCGUGACCCGGCGCGACACCAUCAUCUCCAGAAUACGAUCGCGGCCAGUUCCACAGUUCAGCCAUCCUCUUGCCCAUGUUCCCACGAGUGAGGCUGAACUCGUCAACUUUGAAGGGCCAGACGAUCCCUAUCACCCUCUAAACUGGGUGACAAACAAAAAGGCAUCAACAACACUGCUCUACGGACUCGUCACCAUGACGGCGACAUGGGCAUCGUCUUCCUACUCUGCGGGCACUGCACAGAUUGCGCAGGAAUUCCACGUCGGAACGCAGGUAGCCACCCUCGGAACGACAUUAUACCUCUUUGGCUUUGGACUCGGGCCGUUGCUCUGGGCGCCGCUGAGUGAAGUCUAUGGACGUCGCGUCGCCGUCAUGGUGCCCAUGUUUAUCGCCAUCUGCUUCAGCUUUGGUAGUGCGACUGCCAAGGAUCUCCAGACGCUCAUGCUGACGCGAUUCUGGGGCGCAUUCUUUGCAUCUGCGCCGGUAACCAACACUGGUGGUGUGCUGGGGGAUUUGUACUCCCCAGCUUGGCGAGGCAUUGCCAUGGCUGGCUAUGCAAUGGCUGUUGUCGGUGGUCCCGUUUUAGGACCAAUAGUCUCUGCAGCCGUGGUAGAGCAACCUUCGCUAGGCUGGCGCUGGACCGAAUACCUCACCGGCAUCCUCCAAGUCGUCAUCCUCAUCGUGGCCAUCAUCUUCAUCGACGAAAGCUACCCGCAGAAACUCCUCGUCUACAAAGCCCGGCGCCUGCGCCACGACACAGGAAACUGGGCGCUGCAUGCGAAAUUCGAAGAAUGGGACGUCAGCGUCAGCGAGCUGGCGCAAAAGUUCUUGCUGCGACCUGUGCAGCUUCUGUGCACGCCGAUUUGCUUCCUCAUGGCUUUGUACGCUAGCUUUUGCUAUGGGAUUUUGUACAUGCAGCUUGGUGCUAUUCCCAUCAUCUUUGGCGAACUGCGCGGUUGGCAGCCUCUUGUUGCUACUUUGCCGUUUCUUUGUAUCCUUAUUGGCGCGAUGCUUGGUUGUGGCCUCAACGUUUAUAACCAGACCUUGUACAAUAAAGUGUAUCAUGCGGUGGGAAAUAGAGCAGUUCCCGAGAAGAGGCUACCUCCCAUGAUGCUGGGCUCCGUUCUCUUUAGCGGCGGUCAAUUCCUCCUUGGCUGGACCGCCGAUCCAAGCAUUCACUGGAUUGCGCCGUGCUUCGGGCUCAUCAUGCUCGGCACGGGCUUCUUUACCAUCUUCCAAGCAGCGUUGAAUUAUUUGGUUGAUACGUUUCAGGCAUAUGCCGCUUCAGCCGUCGCAGCAAAUACCUUUUUGCGGUCUUGUUUCGCCGGCGCAUUCCCGCUGGUUGUAGGACCGCUGUAUCACAACAUUGGCGUAGGGCCGGGGUCGAGCAUCACAGGUGGUUUUGCGGCCUUGCUGAUUCCUGUGCCUUUUGUGUUUUACAAGUAUGGUAAGCGGGUGAGGGCCAAGUCGAAGUGGUCGAGGAAAUCUGUUUUUGAUGCAUAG